GUUGCUGGGCGGUGGGCGCGGGACGGGCUGGCAGCGGCGCCGCCAUGAGCUCCAUCGGCACCGGGUAUGACCUGUCAGCUUCCACGUUUUCUCCAGAUGGCAGAGUGUUUCAAGUGGAAUAUGCUAUGAAAGCUGUGGAAAAUAGCAGUACAGCAAUUGGGAUAAGAUGCAAAGAUGGUGUUGUGUUUGGAGUAGAAAAAUUAGUCCUGUCCAAGCUUUACGAAGAGGGGUCCAAUAAACGCCUCUUCAAUGUCGACCGACACGUUGGGAUGGCGGUCGCGGGGCUCCUGGCAGACGCGCGCUCCUUGGCCGACAUCGCCCGGGAAGAGGCUUCCAACUUUAGGUCCAACUAUGGCUAUGACAUCCCCCUGAAGCACCUUGCAGACAGAGUGGCCAUGUAUGUGCAUGCCUACACCCUGUACAGUGCUGUCAGGCCUUUUGGGUGCAGUUUCAUGUUGGGGUCCUAUGAUAGUGAUGAUGGUGCACAACUGUACAUGAUUGAUCCAUCAGGAGUUUCAUACGGUUAUUGGGGUUGUGCCAUUGGUAAAGCCAGGCAGGCUGCAAAAACAGAGAUAGAAAAACUUCAGAUGAAGGAAAUGACCUGCCGUGAUGUUGUUAAAGAAGUUGCAAAAAUAAUCUACAUAGUUCAUGAUGAAGUAAAGGAUAAAGCUUUUGAGCUGGAACUCAGCUGGGUUGGAGAAAUAACCAAUGGAAAACAUGAAAUUGUUCCCAAAGACAUCAGAGAAGAAGCAGAGAAAUACGCCAAGGAAUCUUUGAAAGAGGAAGAUGAGUCAGACGAUGACAAUAUGUAACACAUUGUUACUCCAAAACAAGUCCAACUUUUCUUAUCUUAGACCAGGUUUGUUUAUAAUGCAUUAUGCAUGGGAUGCUGUUGUGUACUUGUUGGAAAAAACCAACUGACCAACUUGCACUAAUAAAUUUUCCAUUUUACUGUC